UGACCUAAUGUACGCCUAGAUUUCAUAGCUCCUCCCUUGGCUAUAUAAUUCUAGUUAAAGUGGACUUCCAUCAGAUUACUCUCCACUGCAUCCUCUUUGCUCCACAGCCCCACUUCUCCUGGACACGAGGCAAGAAGAUGCCGGCCACGAGCAGCGUUUUAACACCUCUGUGGAUUAUUUUGCUCUUCAGCUGCGGUGUGUGCGCCAGGAAGCAGCACGAUGAUACUGAUGGUGAUGAGUCCUGGUCGGAGAGUGUUUCCAGAGCGCAGUGCUCGUCGCGGUGCCUCAGUCUGCACAGUGUAGCUGCGCUCUCCACACCGCUGCUGUCCUCUCUUCAGAAUAAUGGAUCCCUGGGUUGGUGUCAUAGUCAUAAACAGUGUGCAAAGUGCCUGGAGCCCUGCAAAGAUUCAUGGGAGAUGAAGAGGAAAAGCAACUGCAGGGAGAUGUGUGAGCGGAUAUUUCCCAAGAAGCACUGGGAGUGUGUGACCAGCUGUGAGUUCCUUCAGUCAGUGAUGGCGGUGAAGCAGGGCAGCUGUCCACCUCCAGAAAGGGCGAGCGGCUUCGCAGCAGCCUGCGUGGAGAGUUGCGAUCAUGACCGAGACUGUUCUGCUCAGAAAAAAUGCUGCUCCAACGGCUGCGGACACACCUGCCAGACUCCCAAAGACCUUUAUAAGGGUGCUCCUCUGAAACCGAGGAAGGAGCUGGGCUUUGAAGAACUCUCGUCUGGUCAGCUGGAGGUGCGCUGGUCCUCCCGAUUCAACAUCUCAGCUGAGCCUGUGGUCUACAUCCUGCAGAGGAGGUGGAACUUUGGCAUCCAGCCCAGCGAGGACACCGCCACCUCCUGGCAGCUGGUUGCACAGACCACAGAGCAGGGAGCGAGGCUCUCUGACAUCCGGCCAGGUCGCUGGUACCAGUUCAGAGUGGCAGCUGUCAACACCCACGGCACCAGAGGUUUCACUACGCCCAGCAGACACAUCCACUCCAGCAGAGACCCAUCCAACCCUCCAGCUCCCACUGAGCUGAGAGUGGCCAACAUGAGCUUUGGCAUCGGCAGGGCGGUGUCGGCCAGGCUCCACUGGAGCAUGCCUGCUGACCUGGAUGUUCCCGUCCACCACUACAAGGUCAGCUGGAGCUGGACUGCAGUCGGACAGCACUCGGCUUCAUCCCUGACCAAGAGGAGGAAGACAGUCAGAGAGAGCCUGGUGGAGCUGGACAGCAUGCGGGCCAACAGGAGCUACAGUGUGGAGGUCCAGGCUGUGUCCUACUGGGGACAAACUCAGCUGAAAGGACCCAGAGCUGUCCUCCACUUCACCACACAGCGCACCUCCAGUACUGCUCCAAAAAACCCUACAGGUGACAGUCUGGAUGUGGGGACACCAUUUUAUCAGGAUGGACAGCUCCGGGUUCAUGUCUACUGGCAGAGCAGCAUGGCUGAAUUCUACAGAAUCCAGUGGGGACCAGAGUAUUGUGCACACAACCAGACGAGACCCAUGGAGAAGACCAGCACACAGGAGAGCUUUGUCAGCCUGCAGGGCUUGCUCUUCUCCUGUAAGUACAGAGUCCUUCUGCAGCCUGUCAGCAAGAAAAGUCGUCCUCUGUCAGAAAGCACCAGCUUCUUCACUCCUUCCUGUGCCACGAUCCAGGCCAAGAGUCCCAAACCCAUCACCUGUCCUGGAAAAACAGCAGUGUCCCCUCAGAAGGUCCUGGUGAAAGCAGCCAACCUGACAGCAUCCUUUGAGGUCUGGGGCGGCAACGUGACGGCCAUCUUUAGCUGGGAUACGCCCACAGCCCUAGCCAAUCAACAGCUGACAGGUUACCAGGUGACCUGGGCCGAGGUCAUCCCCACCAACCGCAACAAGAACAACAAGCUGCCUCACAGCCUCAUCUCCCAGUCCCAGAUCCUUCCCCCGGAUGGGAAUGUUCUGGUGGUGCCAGGUCUGCACCCUGUCAGUGUGUACAGGCUGGAGGUCCAGGUCCUCACAGCGGAGGGGGAAGGUCCUACAACCAGCCGGACCUUCCAGACUCCUGGACACCAAAACACCCUGAAGCACAGACCUAGACUGAGGAAGCAUCACCAUAAACAGCCAAUCACUGAGAGGCACUGAGCCCAGACAGCCAAUCAGCCCGCAUGAACCAAGUCUCCCAACCCUCAGGAUGAUCAGGACUCCACAGAACAGUGAUCAGUAAUGACACGUGCAGCCUCUCUGGCUUCAUGAUCAGGAUGAAUCCUGCAUAACAACUAGCAACCAUUUUAAUCUCCCCCGUGCAAUAUCUAACAGUCAGCUGCACACACUGCAGCAUUUCCAUAUCAAAGACACCAUCACUGACAUGACUGGCAGUCUUUACUGGCUCUUCACUUUAUUUCGCAGUGACAGUCAAUGGCUCGGACACAUUAGACAAGAUUAUUUUUGUAUCUUUUCUAAUAAAACCAAACUACGGAUUUAAAAUACAAUUAUAAUCAGGUUAUAAACUAAUAAUAAAAUGGAACACAGAUGCUUCAACAGGCUGCCAAUCAUCCACCAUGGUCUCAUUGAUUUUCAAUACAGAGGCAUCCAAGUUGAUAUGACAUUUAUCCAUUAUGGUUCCACUGCAAAACAAAAUCAAACUUGUUCUUUUUAAAGCUAAUGCAAGAGUCCAUUUACUGCAUGACUCUAAAAACAGCAGUAAAGUUGUCCUGUAGCUCCAGUUAAACAAGUUCCCUUUGAUUCCCAGGUGAAGAUACAUCUCAGCACCUUUGUGAUAUGUGGGUGGACAUUAUUAUAGCAUGCUGAAACAGUAGCAAUACUAUUCUGAUUACCUGAAGGGCUGGGUAUUAUCAUUGCAUUACAUCUUGUACCAAAACCUACACUGUAUAACUUUUGUAAAUUUGCAGUAUAUAACUGGCUGCAGCUUCACCAGGAAGUGAGUUAGCAUGUUAGCGCCCUGUAGUCUUAAAACUCAAUGAGGAUUUUGAAUGGGUUGGUGGUUAGAUGCUUGAAAUAAGGUCUGUGGUAAACACAAGCUGAAGAGAUGUCUGUGUUUUUUUUGUACGACAUAAAAUAUGUUAAAAUCACGGGAAAAAAAGUCAGAAUAACGAAAAAAAAGUUUCUGACUUUUUUUUGUGAUUCCGACUUUUCUUCUCAUUUUGACUUUUUCUCGUGAUUUUGACUCUUUUUUUCAAGAGUUUGACUUUUCUUUCUCAUUUUGACUUUUUUUCGUGACUGACUUUUUCUUCUCAUUUUGACUUUUUUCUCUUGCCUUCGACUUUUUUCUCUUACAUUCGACUUUUUUCUUUUCAUUUUGACUUUUUUCUCUUGACUUCAACUUUCUGUCGUUAUUUUGACUUUUUUUGUGAUUUUGAAUCUUUUUUUGUGAUUUCGAUUUUUUUUCUCAUUUUGACUUUUUUCUCUUGACUUCGACUUUUUUCUUCUCAGAAACAUGGACGGGAACUCUCUCACUAGUCCGCCUUACAGCGUCUAGUCAUGUUUUUCAGAGGUCUUGCAAACUUUUGUAGAUUGUAGAUUAGGUUAAUAAACACUUAAUUAGGCUACGGUUUUAGCUAGCUUCUCAAAAACGCUGGUUAGCUUGUUUGAGACCAUCUGAAGCUAACGGUAGUGAUGUUCAAGUCAUGCGACAGUGAUGUAGUUCACUAUAGCAUAACGUUAGCUUUACACUUCUGUCAACUGCACUACAGCCUUGUUGUAGACUUUUAUUGGAGAAUAAUAAUGCAAACAUCAUAAAAUGGUGUUCAUUUGUGAAGAUUAUCCUGCUGAACAAAAUCCGUAAGCAUCAGAAACAUGUUUUUUCCACAGAGCUUAUUUUCUGCAAUGAUCAUAAAUCCAAUGCAAAAAUCCCAUUGGCCGAAUCCUGAAUGGUGAACUUCUAAGUUGGCCUACAAAAAUGUGUUAUUUCAUCUAUCAGGGGCUGAGCACAAACCAUAAAGGUAUGAUAAAGAGAAAAGAAAUCCUGGAAAAUGGAUGAAUGGGUGAAUUCAGGCACAUUUCCAUUUACUGGUUUGGAGCGAGAGCUAAAUGUUUGAACUUGAUAAUGUUUCCAUUUCCCGUUUAGCACUCAAAGGCAAAAAGUAGUUUGCACAAUUUAGGAAAGUUCUAUUGAGUUUUGGAGUUUCUAUUCAGCUUUUCUAAUAUGAUACUUCAACAUGUGCAUAAAAUAUAACUUUUUGGAUCCCAAUCAACAGUGACUGGAGGAGAAUAUUUGACAUGUACCGCACUGGAAUGAAUGGAAGAAGAAUAAAUCAAUGCUGUGAAUCUGGUUGUGCAAUUUAGUGCCAACGGAGUGCAGUUCAAUGCUCCAUUCUGCUGACACUAUUGGCUCUCUGCUCAAGAAGUAUGUACGUUUGAUACCCAGCUCUGAUUCCCUGCUCUACCAUUACAGUGUCCUUUUUGAUGGAAUUGCAUGCAAACACCCAAAUGUUGAUAGUGUUGUUAGUGUCAUCGAGUAAAACCUGAGAAUUUAAUUCCUGCAACUGAUUCACUGAUGAGAUCCCCUGUACUCUGUAAAUGCUGUAUAUAUUGUUUGUCUGUAUUUAUUAGUUGUGCUAUAUUUGUGUCUGGACGACUGUAAACAUUACUCUUCCGUACAGUAUGUGUGCUCAACCUUUAUAAACCUCUGGAGACCCUGUACAAAGUUGUUUUUCAACUAAAGAUAAAUCCCUUGUCAAUAUGUGUACAGCCGA